CAAGUAGAUAUUCUAACUAUCCAGUAGAUAUUCUAAGUAUCCAUCAUUCUUAAGAAAGUCGAAAGGAAAUUAGUACUCGCAAAGAAUUCAUCUUUUCUUAGCACUCAUCAAUGGCGGCCGUGGCUUCAAUGAUGAUGAAAGUACCCGCAGCCCUUAACUGCGGGGCAGUCAAAAGGAAUAGUGUGGGUCAUGUCACUAGAUUGCCCAACAGUAGCCUCCAAGUCAAGUGCAUGGCAAAGGAUCCAAAGGAAACGUCCGCUACUGAAGGCGGUUCUCCUUCAAGCUCUGCAAAGGUCAGCACGAAAUUUGGCGACCUGUUUGCGUUCUCCCGGCCUGCGCCGGAGAUCAUCAAUGGAAGGGCGGCCAUGUUGGGGUUCGUGUCGGCCAUUGCAGUUGAGGUGGCGAGCGGAAGAGAUUUGUUGUCGCAGGUGAAUAGUGGAGGACUGUCGUCGUUUGAGUUAACUGCAGGAUUAAUGACAGUGGGGACACUGGUGCCCCUGUUCAAAUCUCUCUCUCUCAAGGUUGCUGAUUUGCUUGCUAAAUGGGCAUCAAAUCCUCCUUGUGGUUGGCGUGCUUUUGUUUUGGAUUCUCUCCUAGCUGACAAAGCUGCUCAAUUAUCUAGUCUUCUUUAG